AUGAAACAAGCCAUUUUCUCUUCGCCUGACGACGCAUCGUCUUAUCUUGCCAACUACAUCAUCUCCAAGAUCAAUGACUUUGCUCCAACUCCAUCCAAGCCAUUUGUUUUGGGACUUCCUACGGGAUCGUCACCUGAAGGAAUCUACGCACGUCUUGUCAAGGCCUAUAAGAGCGGAAAAGUGUCGUUUGCCAACGUGGUGACCUUCAAUAUGGAUGAGUACUUGGGUCUUCAGCCCACUCAUCCCCAGCUGUACCAUUACUUCAUGUACGACAAAUUGUUCAACCACGUGGACAUUCCAAAGGAGAACAUCAACAUUUUGAACGGUCUUGCCGCCGAUGUCGACAAGGAAUGUGCAGCCUAUGAGGCCAAGAUCAAGAAAUAUGGCCGUAUUCACCUUUUCUUGGGAGGAUUGGGACCUGAGGGCCAUUUGGCUUUCAAUGAGGCCGGAUCUCUGAGAGAGUCCAAAACUAGAAGAGUUGAUCUCGUUCAAAGUACAAUGGAGGCCAACAGCCGCUUUUUUGAUAACGAUCCAGCUAAGGUGCCCAAGCAUGCUUUGUCUGUAGGAAUCUCCACCAUUUUGGACAAUUCAGACGAGAUUGCCAUCAUUGUGUUGGGUGCAAACAAGAAGUAUGCGCUCCAGAAGACGUUGUUCGGUAAGGCCAACGAUGCCCAGUUCCCAUCUUCGUACUUGAGAGACCAUAAGAAUGUACUUGUUGUAUGUGACCAUGCAGCAGCCGGAUUGAAUGCCAAAUUGUGA